CCCGAAAGUAAAAUGCACCCAAAACUGACAGAAAAGCAAGGAAACAAGCAGGAGGUUCGAUUUUUCGCCAAUAAUCCUAUUCUCGCUGCUCGGUGUGUGGUCUUAUCGUAGCAGGCGGUUCGCCCCCGCGUUUUCCCGUUCCAAGUGGCAAGGGUUUUCCACGGGAUCCGCGUACCACCGUGCAUGGUGGUGGCCACCGUUCGCGUGCAGUGCAAAUUUCCAGUUCCACUCCAAGUUCGCGGUGUAUCGUCGUCGUUUUUUGGUCGUGCUGGUGCCUGUGAUUGACCCCGCGAAGGAGGAAUUUUACGAAAGGGCAAAUACUAUUCAAAGUAUGACUUUUCGCGCUGUAACACGCACAACCGUCUAAUAAGCCGCAGCGAGAACUAUUGAAAGUGAUCAUUGAAAGCAGCUGUGAUUGAAAUCGAUCUUCGAGCUAAUCUUGCCGUACGAUUUCUACACGUGGCCGUGGCGUCGAAACGGUUUGACGUAAGGAUUGCCUCCGGAUGUGCCGCAACAGGAGGAGAACGUAGCACGUGAACGAGCCGGGAGAGAAGUUUUGCGACGGGGACAAAGCUCGCGGAGAGGCCGAGGAGUACAUCCAUUUGUGGAACCGGCGCUAAUCGGGUGUGCUCCUUGUAUCUCUCCGUUUUGGCGGCGCUAGGCAGGAAGCGAUGGCGGAAGCGAUCAUUGCCGACUGGCUCUCCGACUACAGUGCACUGCAGGAAUCGGAACUGCGCACGUUUGCCGCCCAGCACGAGAAUGACUUCGAGAUCUCGAAGGCGCUGUACACCAUCCUGAACGAGCGGACGAAAUACAAGGAUCUAAUCCAUCCCAUCUGCAAUCAGCUGUGCAAUUUCUACCGCUCGAAUGAGGUCGAACUGCGCCGGUUUACGCUGCAGUUUGUGCCGAUGCUGAUCUAUCUGUAUCUCAACUCGGUGGCACUCGGCGACAAAAAGGGCUGCCGUUCGAUCGAAACGCUGCUGAUCUGCAUUUACAACAUCGAGGUCAUCGCGGACGAUGGGAGCCCGAAGGUAGUCUCCUUUCGAAUGCCCGUCCUGGCGCAGGCAUCCGUCUAUCAUGAGGAGAAAAGCCUACAACCAAGCGAUUUGCGGCGGUGGGAAGAGAACAGCAAUAAGGAUAUCAAUUGGGGCCCGCUACCCUCGAUCGAGUCGAUCAACGCGCAGAACCGGCUGAAGGUGAUGACGGCGCUGCUGUUCACGUACAACCAGCAGCUAAAUCAGAUCCACAAACCCGCCCUGUACCAUCUCUGCAAAACCACCUCGCUGCUGGUGAACCAAGGCUUUCCGAAGGUGCCGGGUGGCCACAUGCAUCGCUCAUCGUACGGUACCGAUCCGAUCUCACCGCAGCAACCGAUGGCGAUGGCUGCCCCGUCGCAUGUCGUGCGGCCACCGCCCCGGAUCGCCGUGAACGCCCAGUUCCUGGUGGAGCUGGCGCACGCCAACUACUUCGCCAUGUUUAACGAGUUUGCGUCGGCAGCGAUCGAAGCGGUGACGGAUCUGCACAAUCGCGCGUGCUACGAAAUGCUUCCCAAGGUGAUACUGGUGACGAAUGCAAUACGCAACUCGUUGCACGCGAAUCCUUCCGGUCAACCCAGUGAUGGUCCGAUGGGUAUUAGUGUAGCGCUGACACCUGCCACGACUACGGUGACGGUGUCGAAGUCGAUGAUUACGAAUGCCUCCUUCCGUACGAAGAAGCUACCAGACGAUCUGGAGGUUGAGUUUGUGAAUGCACUACAGUCCACGCAGCAGGAAAUGAUGAGCAAACUGGCGAUGAUUGACGCGGACGUAGGAACCGGCCUAAUGGGUGGAUCGGGCACUAUGGGCAGCAGUUCCAGCGUGCCGGCCGUUGCCGUGACCAAUGGUCCGGAAGGCGAUCCGGGCGAUCCGGGAGAUUCAAACAGUCCGCGUACCGAGCCGAAGAAGAAAGAAUCACGAAAGUGGAAGAAUUGGGGCUGGAAAACGAAUGCCGCUACUGCCGGGGGGACAAACGCGAAUGGAACCGGUGCGGCAGGUCCGAAGCAGGCUAGCAUCGAGGAGGAAGCAGACUCACCGAAACGAUCGGCCGGAUCGACACGGCACUCUAGUCCGGCCGAUUCGCCGAAGCACAAGCUGCUGCUGGGAACGGGCAAGGUUGAGGAUGUGAACUCAAGCAGCAGCAUCUCACCUGCAUCGCUGAGGCGCAAGAAGUUCCUUUCGAGCAAGAAUCAAUCACCGAUAAAUCGGUCGGAAGCGCGCGCCAGUGCGGGUGCUCGGCUGUACGAGGAGCUAGAGCUGCAGGACUCGGACUCUGAUGAGCUGGCGGCACUGAUAGUGAAUGGACGGCCGGCAACGAUUCACCUGAUACAGCCGUCCACCAUCCCAGACGAUAUUCCAAUACAGGGCCCAACGAAGGAGGAGAAUGGUGGCCCACACCAUCUGACCAGCAUCAACGAGGAGGGUGAGAGUGGGCAACCGUCGGCGGACGGCAGCGCAAAGGGUGCCGGCAGCGGUGCGACGGGGUCCGGCGGCGUGUCGGGCACACCGGGCAAGCCGAAGGACUCCAAAACGCAUAAGGUGCUGGGCGGCUUUAAGAAGUUGAAACCGGAAAAGGAUAAGGAUAAGGAGAAGGAUAAGGAUAAGGAUAAGGAUAAGGAUAAGGACAAGGAUAAGGAUAGGGAGGGAAGCGGCACGACGCCGGUCGUGCUGGUAUCGACCGGUUCCGGUGGUGGUGUGACGCUUCCGGUGAACAGCAGUACGGCAGCGACGGCGGCCGGCAUCACCGUCGGCGGAACGUCACUCGUCGAGGAAGCGAAGGCCCUAAUGUCAUCGGCGAAGAAGAUUAACUCGAAGGAAAAACUAAGUGCUUCCGGUGUCGGUGGUGGCCAACCGGCAACCGUAGUCGUGCUCGCGAAUGGCAGCAUCCUGAUGGGAUCCGGUCCGGCGUGCAACACGACGAACGGUGACAGUUCGGAUGGUGCGGUAACGCUAGCGGCCGCCGGGUCGGCUAACGGUGGGCUCGGCAAGCAGUCGCUCGACAUUGGCGAAUCGUUCGAUUCGGGCAGCGAACUGCUGCAACAGCACGGCCCGACCACGCUCAGCAGCGCCAACAGCAGCAGCAAUGGAGGCAACACGAUAAAAUCCACCGUGCUGGAUAUGAAGAACCACGGCAGUAUACAAGUUAGUCAAGUUUAGAUUAUUGUCCCCGUUUCUCGGUAUACCCGCUAGGAGUAGGAAUUAUUGUUUCUCGGUGGGUUAACGUGCGCGUGUGUAUAGUUGAUGCUCCCCAUGUGUCCUCCCGUUCCGAACGAUCCUUUCUUUGUUUACUUCACCUUACCUCAUCCGUUCCGUAUCGCUAAGCGCCAAGGUUACAGUUACAGUAUUGCAGUCCCGAUUUGUAGUAGGGUAUCGAAGAUUAAGCGGGAAAAAACACCGUCAUAUACAUACACCAAGACACACGCAUACACAGCCCGUUUUCCCAUCCGCGCGAACCCCGGGUCGACCGGCGAUUUCGGGUUGAGUUUUUUAGAUAGUAUCGUUUUUUGUUUCCUGGUGCGUUUUUGUUACAUAUACCAAAUAAGUACAUAGACGGAUAAUGUUAAUUUGUGUGUUAAAUUUGGAAAUUUGUUUACGCUUUGUUUAUUUUAUACAGCUUCGGUUUUGCUAUCGUAACAAUAUGUUAAUCAUACACUUAUACAUGUGAUAGUCCAUUUUUCUCGGUUGUUUUGUUGUAGUUACGCCAUUGUCCUUUUAUUCGCUUUUAGUUUAGGUUAUUUUCCUUCUUAAACGACUCCCUGUGGUUCUUAGGUUCAGCGGCGAACAGUUAGGGAAGGAUUUGCAUUCCAACGCACUUGCCUGUAUCAUCCAUUCCCUCCGCUAAGAGCGUUUGCUCGUGCGUGGAAAGACUACUGGCAGUGGCGAUAAUUUUGUGCUUUUUGCCCCGGUUUUAUUCUCACCCCCUUUCCCCACCGGCCUCUUCCCACUGGCGACUGUCUGGUACAGUCGUUCUGGUAUGUUUUCCAGUCGUGCUCACCCACCGCCUCACAAGUCUCGUCAUUACCGAAACAUCCAUUUUCGCGCGAGCGCUGUGCUGUGUAGCCUUUUAGCCACCUUACGGCACGACAGAGGUGGAAAUAAUGCUCCCACGCUCCGCAAAACAAAAUAUUAAAACGACCGCGGCUCCCAACCCAACCAUAUCCUCCGGAUACCCGAUGCCUACUAAUGCGGGCCCUUGGCGGUAAUGGGCGCUAUAAAAAGGAGGGAAGAACACACAUACGUACAGCCAGCCAGCCAGCCCCCAUCUUUUCCCUACUUACGGCCUAUCGACGAGCGUACCGUGCUCGCACGUUGAAAGAAUUCAUUGGCAGAUUUAGAUUGUAAAUGAAUAAGUUUAGUGUAAGCAUCAUUUCAUUACAGCAUCCUUAGUGGUAGUAAGUACCGUUCACGAAGCGAAGAAAGCCCUUAGCGCGUCAUAGUUUAAACUAAUUUCUGUUUUCUUUCGCUUCAGGUAAAAUUGCUUGCAGUAGCUACAUUGUUACGGGGUUUUAGUUAAAUGUUGUAUGUGUUUGGAUUGAAGAAGAAAUUUAUCCUAAUGGCUUUCUUUAUUUAAAUGCAAAUCGGAACCGCCUCUCCCGUCCGGACAUUCACCCCACCCAGCUGUGGAGAAUCUAGCUCGCCGUGAUAGACCAUUAAUAACUUCGGUUGAACCGGUCCAUAUUCAUUCAAAUGCAUGCCCGGCCACUAAUCACAAUCAGCAUUGCUCCGUGGGCGUUAUGUUAUUAUUUGAGUGUGAGUGUGCGCGUUUUUUGUUUGCUAUUUAUUUGCACGUAGGCGUCUCACUUCAUUCGCAACAAUUUUCAUUGAUGGUGCGGCCCCAGCGUGCGUUAGGAAGACCAAUUAAUGGGGGUAAAGAAAAACUUUCCUUUGCUUAGUGUGAAGCGUCUGCACUUGAUUGAACGGCGAAAAGGUAAAGGGUGCGUGCAACUAGCGUCCAAAUGCCGACUGGAACCUGUGCGCGACAGACCCGUCGUCGGAAGUAAGAAAAGCGCUCCCGUUCGUUCUCUUAAUUCUUCCACAAUACGAAUGUGCCAACAAAUAAUGAUCUUAUGGUUGUGCGUGUGUGCGUGUGUGUGAAUUUGUUUCGUUUGUAUUUUGUGAGUGCUGUUGCAAUAUUUGCUACUUGACUUAUAAAGCCCUAUUUGACCUAUUUUCUGUCCCAUUUCGACCGAUUUUUUUUCCUCGUAAUUCGUCUUAAUGGGAACAAAGCUAAACCAAAACGGAAGUCCUAUCCUCCUCCGUGCUGUUAAUUUCGUCCGUUAUUUAUCCUAGGAAAAGAAAAACAAAAUGAGGUCGUAUUUGCGUAAUCCGGAACGUUGUAAUAAGGGUCCGGAACAUCGAUCGAGAUGUGUCUCACAUAGCGUAUGGAAAGAUGUUAAUAUAUUGAAGCAAUACAAACUACACAAAAACCCCAAGUGCAGGCUAGGGACGAUAGCUGUACUCGUGCCACAAGUCGAAAUCGAUUUGAGCGAAAUGAUUUAAUGACUGUCUGUACAAGCAAACAAGGCCGAAAGGUCUUUGCGCGAGGUCCUGUUGUUAUUUACCUUCGAUUAUUGUUGUUACACUUCUACUUCUCGGAAGGAAGCUGAGAGUUGUCUGCCUUCUUUACCAUUCAAAUCCAACUCUCCCCGUGUCAGUGCUGCAUAACACAAAACACCAGAGGAAAGCAAUAGUUAAAGCAAACCAACUAAUAGGAUAUGUAGGAGAGUUCACUUAAACACAGCGUAAAGACGGAAGAGUCCUUAGGAAGUAACGCUAUUCUUCGGUGUGGAGGUAUGGGGUAUUUAGGAAUCCGACUGUGCUUAUGAGAGGAUUUAAAUUUUAAUUUAUCAUCAUCAAUUGUUGAACAUUCAUUACACUUCGAAGAAUCAUCGGCAUUAGUUAGACUUGUUGCGGUAACGGAAUUCUGAAACGAACUUAUUGUAAAUGAUAUUAGCCAUCCGAGGAAGGCGGCAUUAAAAUACAUUCAUUUCACAGAACGAAAGCUUCUAAAGCACGCACGACGCCCUCUCGAUUGUAUACAUAUCAUUUCACCGCACUACCACCUGCUACUACUGUUCAUGCAUUUUCCCGGGAAAAAGGUGAAUCCCAAACUUUUGUUACUUUUGUGCCCAUAUGUUUGCAAGAAGGAUCAAAUCUGUCACCCACUGUUGUGCUACCGAUGCUUGCUAAAGCCGAUAAAUAAUAAUUUGCUGUAGGAGAUCUUCUAAAGGAAAACCCCCGUAAGGACUAACACAGAGCAUAGACACAGAAAAGACUUGACGAAGGGAAAAGAUGGGCACAGAAGCGAGACAGGCUAAUAUACAGAGACUCGUUAAAACCGUUAGUAGCAGCGUUGAGAUUUCAUCCGUCGGUGUGUACAUACUGGAGUGUAUAGAGAGCGGGUUGAAGGGUUCAGAAUUCCGCAGAGUAGAUCAGAACGGUUAGCUAGCAUAGGAAUGCAUUAUACUUCAUCGUGUACGUGUGUGAGUGUUUUUCAUUUUUUGUUGGGUUUUAGUUUUCGAUGGUAUUCAAUCGCGUUCAUGUUCCGCGUCCGGGUUCUGGCGAGGAUUUUGCAAAGCGUUCUCUCUCUCUCUCAAGUCAUUGUUGAUGAAGUCGCGUUCGCAGAGAAUAUAUAUAUACACUCACAUAUAGAUAUAUACAAACACACAUACCUAUACCCUUAUAUAUAUACGGAUAUUUAAAGAAAAGGUAUCAAAUUUUCGGUGUAAUUCAUCUCGAACCAUAUGCAACAAAGCAGGACGAUAUUAGACCGCGAAUCAAAGAUCGUAACGCAGGAGGUAACGCUUGUGUAACGAUCGUAUAAGGUGGUGGCAUCGGUGGGUGCUUUUGGAAAUCGGGUUAAUCGGCGAGCACUUGGCGCGUGAUGUGGGGACGAAUUGUGGGGAUACACACACACACACACACAUACACACUUUCUGUGAGACAGAUACUAGAGCAAUCACACCAAACAAACAAGCAACACAAGCAAGCAGAGCGAUAGAAGGAAGGAUAACGCAGCAGUAGGACAUUAUUGAAAUGGCUAGAGAGUAGGGAAGUAGGAGCCGUGUUAUAGUGGAGGGGAAACCAAUAUACAUACAGUGCCGGGAAGAUUAAGUGCAACAGGUGUGUGUAAUAAGGGUUGGGAGGAGAAGAAAAAAGAAGCAAAUUCUCUACUCUGUACAGAAGAGGAAAAUAUAUAAUAUCGUUACAAC